AUGUCUGGAAAAUUUGAGCCCAAGAACCCCGUCACCCUGGCCCCUCCUAAGGAUGACCCCAUCACCCUCGAGGAGUUGGCUAAGGCCGAUGGCUCAGACCCCAAUGGAAAGACAUACGUUGCGAUCAAGGGAAUCGUAUACGAUGUAACGGGUAACAAGGCAUACCAAGCAGGAGGAUCCUACAACGGUAAGGAAAUCACCCAUCGCAAUCCAGAGGCUAUCAUGAUUGACAAUCCUUCAGUUUUUGCUGGGAAGGACGCCUCUCGCGCUCUCGGGAAGACUUCAACAAAGGCUGAGGAUGUCAGCGCCGACUGGCAGGAUCUUCCUGACAAGGAGAAGGGUGUUCUCAACGACUGGAUCACCUUCUUCUCCAAGCGCUACAACAUUGUUGGCCGCGUCGCCGGCGCUACCAACUUUGAGUGA